AUGAGGUUAAUUACAGGAAUCUUUAACCUCUUCUUCCUUGCAGGGUCAACCCUCUUGUUGGUCUUUAUUGUCUUGUCGGGUUCAACCAACCAUUUCCCAUUCAAUCGGUUCUACUGGUUGAAAGCUGAUACGUCCAGUAUUUCCCAUGCUUACCUGACUUCAUCGUGGACUUUUUGGGGUGUUUGCCAAAGUGAUGACUUCAGUAAAUGUAAGCUGGGUCCAGCCUACCCAUUGUCUCCUGUUGACAACUUUGAAACCUCCCUGUCGGUUCCUCAAGACUUUGUUGAUAACAGGGACACAUAUUAUUAUUUGACGAGAUUUGCAUUCGCAUUCGAGAUUAUUUCGUUAUGUUUCGCAGGAGUAUCGCUCAUCAUUGACAUUUUGGGCUUGUGCUUCAAUGUGAUUGAUAGAAUUGUGAUUGCAUUCAUUUCGUUUGCUCUCUUCUUUGCUGCUGGUUUUGCGGCUUUACAAACAGCAGCCGUUGUAUUGGCAAGAAAUGCUUUCCUGGACGAAAACAAAUAUGCCCACAUCGGAGUCAAGAUGAUGGCCAUUACAUGGGCGGCAGUGGUUUGUUUGUUCAUCGUGUGGGUCAUCACAUGUUUUGCCAACAUUGCAACGUCGUACAGAAAACACAUGAGUAGAGUCAACGACUACAGAGCCCAGGAAGCAGGUGCUGCCAAGCCAGCAGGUGCCGAUGACGAAUCCGUAGCCAACGACCAGUCAUCGUUCACCAGAACUGCUCCUGCUGCUACCGAGACUAAUGAGGUCAAUUCCAACUCGGGAGGCAUUCGGUUCUUCAAGAUUAAAAGAAACCAGAAGGUGUCCGACGAGGACAGUGUUUAG